UUUCUUAUAUUAAUUGUUUGUGACAGAUUCUAAAAGUGGAAAUGGAAAUAUACGCAUGUACAUGUUGUAUAUUAUUCCGAAAACUGAAAUAAUUCAAAGUUUGUUUUCCUUACCAAACAGAGCACAUUGCUUAACCAAUUAUCGACCAUUGGAUGUCAAACAUCUGAUCAUUCUGAUACGUGGUCUUUAGAGGAAACUCGCUACAUUUUUCUAUUAGCGAGAGAUCCUUUAUAUGAACUUUGCAGAAGAUAGGACAACACAUACCACGGGCUUUGAUAUUUCAGUCGUGAGGAAACUUUUUUGCACAGAAAAAUCUCAAUUUGUCCGUUGAGGAGGUUAGAUCCCACGAUCCAAGCACUUCAGGCGGAGGCUUUACCGACUCGGCUAAGAUUUAUUCCGACAUUUUUACUAAGGAUGAAGUUACGUACGACUGCACAGUGUGAAGCUUUUGUUUAACUGAAUCGCCUGUAUUAGAUAGGUCAAUUAAACCAUUCAAUCAUCGGCUAUUGGAUGGUAAACAUUUGAUAAUUGUGGCAUAUAGUAUUCAGUGGAAACUGUCAAUGAUUGAUUGAUUGAUUGAAUGUUUGUUUAACGACACCCCAGCACAAAAAUACAUAUCGGCUAUUGGGUGUCACAAAUGAUUAUCAUGGCGGUAUAUUCAAUGUCAGCAAAAGUGAGCAGAAAUGCUAGUCUGUUUUCUGUACCUAGGAUGCCUUUACGAAGAAUCGGUACAGUGUAUAAAUAUAUAGCAGUGAUGGCGUUAUUGCUCGCAUCCACCGGAAUAGUUGUGCUACUUUGUGGAAAGAGAAACAUAACAUUAGACGACCUCACAGCUGAAAGGUCUGCUUCUUCUAGACGAUCGGUCGGGAAGACAACGAGACAAACAGAUCUACACAUAGAAGGUCCGGUUGUAAAUCCUCAUCCGUUUCGCUAUCUUUUGAAUCCCGAGACUUUCUGCCACAAAAAGGAUAUAUUCAUCAUAACAUACGUUCACAGUGCACCGGACCAUUUCGAGAAACGAGACGCAAUUAGACAGACAUGGGGCAAAAUGAAGUAUUAUCUGAACAAAAGGGUUGAGGUAGUUUUUAUCAUGGGACAAGUCGCAAACGCAGGAGUGAUGACGUCAGUGAGGAAUGAGUCUGUUAUCCAUGGCGACGUAGUCCAGGAGGAUUUCGUCGACAGUUAUCAUAACUUGACCUACAAGGCGAUCGCUGGAUUGAAGUGGGUGUCCACGUUCUGUAGACAAGCUGUGUAUGUUUUAAAAACAAACGAUGAUAUAUUUGUUAAUUUUUACGUGUUUAUGCGAUACAUCCAGUCAACUGUAAAAGUACGCUACGGAAGGACAGGACUAAUUCUGUGUAACGUUUGGCUAAACGAUGCAGUGGAACGCAACAAACUUUCUGAAUUAUAUCUGUCUAAAAAGGAUUUUCCACAAAACUUCUUUCCGCCAUUUUGUUCGGGUACGGCUUUUCUGAUGAGUCGUGAUAUAACGGACGGGUUGUAUAUGAUGUCUUACCGGACUCCGUUCUUCUGGAUGGACGAACAGUACAUUACAGGUGUGCUCAUUGAGAAACUGAACAUCACGCACAAACCGUACAACAUUGCGUACAGUCUUCACCCUUCUGAUUUUAGGAAACAUGUGACGUCACACAAAUACUAUAACUAUGCUUUCUUUCUUGUUGACAAACGUGAUACAAUGUACUAUUUAUGGAACACUGUGGUCGCCAGGGAAAUCAAGGCAGUACAUACCAAUAUUACAAAUGUUAAUCAGAACAUAAAUGUCAAAUUAAGAAUAUGAUGACGAUGUCGGCGAGUUUAUUUUUUUGUGGGGUUUUUUUAGUGGUAUUAACUCAUUUAUGUCGAACGGAUCUAGAAUGUAUAAUUAUACACAACAGCCAUUUUAAUAAACUGUUUAUUUAUUUCA